UUCAACGUCACUUCCUCUUCUUCGCCAUAUUCUUGAACCGGUGCUGUGGUUGCGGGGUAUCAGACAAAAUGCUUGCAUUCAUAAGCAGAAACACAUUCAAUGUCGGAAGACGAUCACUUUCGACCUCAGCAAAGCAAAAUGCCAAAGUGGUGGUUCUUGGUGCUAGCGGAGGAAUUGGACAGCCUCUUUCGUUAUUAUUAAAGAAUUCUCCACUAAUUUCACAAUUAGCAUUGUAUGAUAUUGCUCACACACCUGGCGUAGCAGCUGAUUUAAGUCAUAUUGAAACAAGGGCAGUUGUUAAGGGCUAUAUGGGACCUGAUCAACUGAGAGAUUGUGUUAAAGAUGCUGAGAUUGUUUUAAUACCUGCUGGUGUACCCAGAAAACCAGGUAUGACAAGAGAUGAUUUAUUUAACACAAAUGCAUCUAUUGUUCGUGAUUUAGCUGAUACAUGUGCUCAAGUUUGUCCUAAAGCCAUGCUUGGUAUUAUAACUAAUCCAGUAAAUUCUACAGUACCAAUAGCAUCAGAAGUAUAUACAAAACGUGGUGUUUAUGAUCCUAAGAGAAUUUUUGGUGUGACAACUUUAGAUGUUGUUAGAUCUAACACAUUUAUUGCUGAAGCUAAGGGUUUAGAUGUAAGUAAAGUUAAUGUACCUGUUAUUGGAGGUCACAGUGGUAUCACUAUUAUACCUGUUUUAUCACAGUGCACACCACCUGUCUCAUUUCCACAGGAUGAAAGAGAUAAGUUAUCUGUAAGAAUCCAGAAUGCUGGUACAGAAGUUGUUGAGGCUAAAGCUGGUGCUGGUUCAGCUACAUUAUCAAUGGCUUACGCAGCAGCUCAGUUCUGUUUCUCUUUGUUAGAAGCUAUGGCUGGAGUUGAAGGAAAGAUAGAAUGCGCUUAUGUACGAUCCAAUGAAACUGAAGCUAAAUACUUUGCUAAUCCUAUACUUUUAGGGAAAGAAGGUGUAGCUAGUAAUCUUGGUGUUGGUAAAUUAAUAGAUUAUGAAGUUGGACUAUUGAAAGCAGCCAUGCCAGAAUUAAUAUCCAAUAUCAAGAAAGGAGAAGACUUUGUUAAAUCCUAAAAAGAACAUUGUGUGAAAUAGAACAAAACUAACAUUAGGAAAAAAAAAUGGUUGUCUUGACAACAUGAGCCUCUUGUUCAUUGUGCCGUUAUUUAUAUUAAAAUUGGUAGGAAUACCUCUGUGUUAUUUAAAACUGUUUAAAGUGCCUCUAUGCAUUUCUUUAUAAAUUAACAUCAAUGUACAUUAAUGCAUACAUUAUUGUUGAUAUUGGGGAAUGAUAUCGUGGAUUGACGUCAUGCGCUACUACAAUUGUUUUGUUGAUUUUUAUCCCCAAUUUCACUUACAGCACUGAAACGACAUUGUUAUUUUGCUGUAUAUAAUGUACUUAUCUUUAAAUAGGUUGGUGUGUUUUCAAGAAUAUAAAUGCCAACAGAGGUGAAUUUAUUAUAGUAAAUGCAUAGUACCACUUUAACAUAGUCAGAACUAAACUUCGUGUUCCUCUUACUUUAUGAAAAUAAUACAUGUGCCAUUUAUUCUUUAAACAAUGUGAUAUUCAAGUAAUAGUGCUAAUAAUUUUAAUUUAUUAUAGUUAAAAAAAAAAAAGAACCCAAGAAUCAAUGCUGAUCUGAUCUCGGUGAAAUAUUUGUUGUCUCGAUCAAUGUGGAAAUCUCGAUGAAUUGUUAUAUUUUGUCUUCUCAAAAUUAAAAUGACAGAAAAUUAAAAUUUUAUUUGUUAGAGAUGUAUUACCGUUGGAAUUAUUUUCAUAUCAUUUGUUGAGUAUUGGUGCUACAUGGAAUAUUAUAAUAAGUAUAUAAAAUACAGGUAUUAAUAGACUAGAGAGAUUGGAGGCCAUUACUACUAAACCAUUUAAUGUUUCUUAUAUAAAAACAUAAAAAUAGUUA